AUGAAUUUCGAGAUUAAACUAAAGGAACCUACAACUCCGUCGGCUCCUGAAAAUUAUCUUAACCUCUUAACUAAUAUGCAACAUUUCGAGGGAAUAAGAGUACUAGUAUACUUAGACGAUUUCUUGAUAGCUCACCAGGACUACAAUGUACUCUGCAGGCAGGUUCAAAUUGUAUUAGAGCGUCUAAAAUAUUUAGUCUGGAGAAUCAACAUGGAAAAGUCGAUAACUGUUCCAACGAAAUCGCUCGUGGUUUUAGGCAUACACUGGAACCCAUGGCUCAACAAAAAGUCGAUUCCAGAGAGCAAAUCAAUACGGCUUCAGAAACUACUUAUAACCUUGAUAAACUCGGGCAUGACUUCAAUAAGUGUUCUUCAAAGCCUAAUAGGACUGUUAAAUUUCGUCAGCUUUGCUGUAACACAAGGCAGAUUACACUUCCGAAAUGCUCUUGUAUUCCUAAACAGGCAACUAAAGGAAUCGCUUGUACACGAAACUGUCAUUCCUCAAAAGGUAAAAGAGGAUCUUGUUUGCAUAGACAAACAAGAAAAAUUCAGAAGAAAAAAAUACCUCACAGUUCCUAGUCGCAAGGAUAGCCAACUCAACGCUACUAGUCCAGUGCGACAACAAGACUGUUGUAGCCUUCCUGAGGAACGAAGGUGGUACAAGAUCCCCUACUCUUUUGAAGUUCACAAAGCAAAUUUAUCAAAUUCUCUAUUCUCACAAAAUUUAUCUGAGAAUACAUCGUAUACCAGGAAAGUACAAAAGUCACGCAGAUCACCUAUCGCGUCACCGGACUCCGCCAGAAUGGCACCUUGUGCCUCAGUGUACGAACAAAAAAAAAAAAACUUCGUGAAGUUCGGUGUUCCGGUGAUAAGCUUGUUUUCCUCGAUGUGUGCAAAGGUGGUAGCAAAUUAUGUGUCACUAGACCUGAAAGACCCUCAAGCUCUGUAUCACGAUACUUUCUCCCGAAAUUGGCAUUUCUCCCUAGCGAGGGUAUUUCCACCCCCAUUUCUGAUUCCGAAGGUCACACCUGAACUCGGCAGUCGGAAUGUAUCUCUUGAUAGUACCAAAAUGGGAGAAAGUAUUUUGGAGGCCGAAUUUGAAGGCCCGAGCUGUAGCACCUCCUCAUACAAUAAAAAAAGUUACACUUAUGCCCCAUCGAUGCGUAAGACCUACGAAUGCGCAUGGAAUAAUUGGAAUAAACCCCGAGGUCUUAACCCCUUACAUCCUACUGGAGAAGUUUUAGCUCGAUUUCUGGCAGAUCCACAUGUUGUGGAAGAUGAGGCUAAUGUUUUUCAAUCGUGCAGACAUACAGCUCUAUUACUAAUUCUCUACUCUGGCAGAAGGAUUCAUGAUUUGACUCUUUUGGCAGCUGAUUCAAAACGUAUGCACCAAGGAAUAAAGGCUUCACCGGGCAGCCUACGUUCUGCAGUGGCGUCUAAAAGUUCGUCUAAAAACUGUCCUCUGGAUGAAAUUCUGUCUAAAGAGAAUUGGAGAUCUCUGAACACAUUUGCUCGUUUUUAUUGCAAAGAAGUGGUGCCACUAGAUAAAAAUCUCACAAUAUUCAAAUUUUUUAUCCCGUACUUCAUGGCUGGUGUAAAAAAAGGUACGGCUGAGUGGUUAACUGGAUACUCAGUACAGAAUUUGAGUGAGCACUGGGUUUUUAGUCCGUUCAGAUUAUUCCUAACAGUGCCACAAAUAGACUACCUAAUCGUACACUGGUUUAUCUUCCUUUUUGAUCUCACAAUCGCAUUCUGGAUGAUGUGGUCGAAAACCAGAAAUAUGGCCAUGAUCUUUUGCGCUCUCUUUCAUCUUAUGAAUAGUCGUCUUUUUAGAAUUGGUAUGUUCCCGUGGGUAUGCCUAGCAACAAUGCCACUCUUCUAUCCAUUCGACUGGCCCAAAAAGAUUUGCCAGGAAUUCUCAAAUUGGUUUUUUAAACAACGAUGUCAGUUGGAGAAACUCGGUUGGCUAAUUAAAAGAAACAAUAAAGUGACAGAAGAUAACUCUAAAGGUGGUGUCAGUAUGGAGAAAAUUGGCAAAAAUAGCCUAGAUGCUAUAAAAAAAUCUAUAGAAAGCCAGAACAAAGAUAAGCCCAGUGAUGUUAAGCUCAAGAAAACCGCGGCAUUGAUUUUUCUUUACGUUAUUUUUCAGGCCUUUUUACCUUUUUCGCAUUUUAUUACCAAGGGCUACAAUAACUGGACAGACGGCCUCUAUGGUUAUUCCUGGGACAUGAUGGUACACACAUGGGACAUAAACAGCGUUGUCAUAAAAGUCACAGAUUCCAACCAAGAAUAUUUCGUAGAUCCAUACUCGCUUACACCGAACGACAGGUGGACACGCCACGGCGACAUGAUCCACCAAUACGCCCAUUGUUUGAGAGAUCACUUGCGUUCCAGGAAUUUGAGAACUGAGCUUUCCAUUUUUAUCGAAGUCUGGUGUUCGCUGAAUGGAAGGUAUACGCAGCGGAUGUUUGAUAGUAGAAUUGAUAUCUUGAAUGCGACUUGGUCCCCGUUUCGAGAAGUACAAUAUCUCAUGCCGUUGCUGGAGGAAGGUUUGAAUUGGCGAAGUGACUUACAGGCUAUAAGAGCGGACGUGCAUUCAUGGAACAAUUACAGUGAUGUCAUAUUUAUAGCUGAUUUUCCAGGUUACGAAUAUGAAAAAUUUAUCACCGAGGAAUUGACCAACGUUUCAUUAACAGUCUUAAAAGGAAAGCUAUCGCCAUCAGCGAGCCGGCCUAGCGACGAUUUCAAACAGGCGACGGACAUCGUCAGCUUGACGCGUCACCGCGAAUAUAUAGUCAUCGUUUCUCCAUACCGCGCUCACAACUAG